CCUGGACUCGGUCAGCCGACCCGGGGUGGAGACCGAUGGGUACAGCCGGGAAAGGAAGGACCCGAGGGGGCAAGGAUGGGUAUGACACAUUUUGAGGACAAAGAUGGGGAGGAGGCCUGAUUUAUCUCCCCGGCUGUCUUUUGGGUGUUCAUCGUGAGUUUAAAGGAACGUGAUUCAACCAGCACUUAUUGACUGCAGUCGAUGUAAGGUGUUGUGGAGGAUGCAAAAAUGAAGGAAUACAGGGUCUCUGCCCGCCAAAGAACUUACGGUCCCUUGGGAGAGACCAGAUGAGGCACUGAGAACUGCAAAUAUACGAGAAAAAGUGUCUAGUGAUUACUCCUGGCAGGAGAGACGAGAGAGAUGCGGGAGAGGAUAAGGCGCAUGUGGAGAAAGCUCCGUGCUGAUGUGACAGCCGCUUUCCCCACUCUUGGAACGGAUCAGAUCUCUGAGCUAGUGCCUGGAAAGGAAGAGCUCAACGUUGUGAAGCUGUAUACUCACAGAGGGGAGGUGGUGACCGUGUACGUGAGUGGUGGUAACCCCAUCCUAUUUGAACUGGAGAAAAAUCUAUAUCCGACAGGUAAAGUGAACUUAGUGAUUGGCCUUUUGGCAGUAAGUAUUUUCUGGGUCUCUCUUUGGGCAGUGUACACCCUGUGGUCCUAUCCUGAUCUUCUACCGACGUUCACAACAUGGCCUCUGGUGCUCGAAAAACUGGUGGGGGGAGCAGAUUUGAUGCUGCCGGGAGUAGUGGUGCCCCCUGCUGGUCUGCCUCAGGUACAGCAGGGUGACCUCUGUGCCAUUGCCUUGGUGGGGAACAGAGCCCCUGUUGCCGUUGGAGUUGCUGCCAUGUCCACAGCCCAGAUGCUGACGUCAGGCCUAAAGGGAAGGGGCUUCUCUGUGCUGCACACCCACCAGGACCACUUGUGGCGAUCUGGAGACCAGUCCUCUCCACCUUGCGUCGCUCCACCGACCCUGGGUGCCCCAGGCCUCAGGGAAGAGAAGCAGUCUGUCCAGGCAGCCUCUGCCCUGCAGGGAGACAUGAGGCGCCUGACCCUGGAGGGAGAGGAGGGGGAGAAUCGGGCGGCUCAGCAGACGUCCCUGUCAGAAGUCUCAGAAGACCCCAGCAUCAGCAGCCCGACCCCCCCAGACCCCCCAGACAGCAAGACCCUUCAAGAGCAAAUGGAUGAGCUGUUGCAUCAGUGCUUCUUGCAUGCUUUGAAGAGCCGGGUCAAGAAGGCCGACCUCCCUUUACUCACCAGCACUUUCCUCGGCAGCCACGUGUUCUCCUGCUGCCCUGAAGGACAACAACUGGACAUAAAGAAGUCAAGCUACAAAAAGCUCUCUAAGUUCCUGCAGCGCAUGCAGCAGGAGCAGAUUAUACAGGUGAAGGAGCUGAGCAAAGGGGUGGAGAGCAUUGUGGCCGUGGCCUGGAAACACCCGAGGAUCACAUCUUUCGUCAUACCCGAGCCCUCCCCGACCUCCCAGACUGUCCAGGAGGGUAGCAGGGAACAGCCCUAUCACCCUCCAGAUAUAAAACCCCUCUACUGUGUCCCAGCCAGCAUGACCCUGCUCUUCCAGGAGUCUGGCCACAAGAAGGGGAGCGUUCUCGAGGGUGGUGAGGUCCGAAAGAUCAUCAUUGACUAUGUCAAGAAAAAUGAUCUGGUUGAUGCAAACAACAAAAAUCUUGUGAAGUUGGACCCCAUCCUAUGUGACUGCAUGUUAGAGAAAAAUGAACAGCACACAGUUGUGAAGCUUCCAUGGGACAGUCUCCUGACCAGAUGUCUGGAAAAAUUGCAGCCUGCCUAUCAAGUGACCUUUUCCGGACAGGAGCCCAUUGUGAAGAAAGGCAAAGUCUGGCCAAUUGACAUCACCCUAGCACAGAGAGCUUCUAACAAAAAGGUGACGGUGGUCCGGAAUUUGGAGGCCUAUGGUCUAGACCCGUGCUCGGUGGCUGCCGUCCUCCAGCAGCGAUGCCAGGCUAGUACCACUGUCACAUCUGCCCCUGGGGCCAAGGACAGGCUGCAGGUGCAGGUCCAGGGAAACCAGAUCCACCACCUCAGCCGGCUGUUGCUAGAUGAGUAUCAGCUUCCUCGAAAAUACAUCCAAGGCCUAGAAAAGGCCCCUAAACCUGGCAAGAAGAAGUGAGAGAGCCUUGUUUCAUGCACUCGAUCCAGUGGGAAUCCAAGCUCUGGGCUGGUAAUUUAUAUGAGUAUUUUCAGCUUUUGCAAAUAAAAAAUAUAUAUAAUUCUUUACCAAAAUAAAUUUUUAUUCUAAUCUAAA